AGUUCUGCAACUCUGCAAGUGCAAGUCUGCUUGCGCUAAACCCAGCAAGUCUUAUCCACAAUUCAUUUCCGCCAAAUGCGGUGCUAAAAUCUUCCCUCCCUCCCUCCGAUUUUCAAUUCAUGCGCUAAAAUGGCCGCUUUACUUACACACCUUCCUUUCAAGCUCAAAUUCACUACGACGGUACCUCUCCGGGAGCGAACAUUUCCUCCCCGCACCGCCGGCCGAGUCGUCGUAGCUGUAUCGUCGCCGCAGCGGCGAACGAGGAAGAAGAAGCAGCAAUCGCCGAGUCAGACGAAGACGGCUGGAGAUGACGACGGCGGCGGCGCCUUGGUGGCGUCCGGCACUGAAAAGGUGCUCAGGCUGGUUUUCAUGGAGGAGCUGAUGGAACGCGCUCGCGACGCUGACGUUUCCGGUGUCUCUGAUGUCAUUUAUGAUAUGAUUGCUGCUGGACUCUAUCCUGGACCUCGCUCUUUUCAUGGAUUGAUCGUUUCUCAUGUCCUCAACCUCGAUGUGGAGGGAGCUAUGCAUGCUCUUAGAAGGGAGUUGAGUGAAGGUCUACGGCCUCUCCAUGAAACAUUUGUGGCAUUGAUUCGUUUGUUUGGUUCAAAAGGUCUUGCUACGAGAGGCUUAGAAAUUCUGGCAGCAAUGGAAAACCUGAAGUAUGACAUUCGCCAAGCUUGGCUAAUUCUUGUUGAGGAACUUGUGCGAAGCAAUCAUCUGGAAAAUGCCAAUACGGUUUUUUUCAAGGGUGCUAAGGGUGGGCUUAGAGCUACUGAUCAGAUUUAUGAUCUUUUAAUUGAAGAAGAUUGUAAAGCAGCAGAUCACUCAAAUGCAUUAACCAUUGCCUAUGAGAUGGAGGCUGCUGGAAGAAUGGCUACCACUUUUCAUUUCAAUUGUCUUUUGAGUGUGCAGGCUACAUGUGGUAUACCUGAAGUUGCAUUUGCAACCUUUGAAAACAUGGAAUAUGGAGAAGCUUAUAUGAAACCUGAUACAGAGACUUAUAAUUGGGUGAUCCAAGCAUAUACAAGGGCUGAGUCUUAUGAUAGGGUGCAAGAUGUUGCUGAGCUACUGGGCAUGAUGGUUGAAGACCAUAAACGUUUGCAACCUAACAUGAGAACUUAUGCUUUGUUGGUAGAAUGCUUUUCCAAGUAUUGUGUGGUACGUGAAGCCAUUCGACAUUUCCGAGCUCUCAAAAAUUUUGAAGGUGGAAUGAGACUUUUGCAUAAUGAGGGAAAAUAUGGUGACCCACUCUCAUUGUAUCUCCGUGCUCUUUGUAGAGAAGGGAGAAUUGUUGAAUUACUUGAAGCCCUUGAAGCUAUGCUUAAAGAUAACCAUACAAUUCCACCUAGAGCAAUGAUUCUGAGCAGAAAAUAUCGUACAUUGGUUAGCUCAUGGAUUGAGCCCUUGCAAGAAGAGGCUGAACUUGGAUAUGAGAUUGAUUACAUAGCCAGGUAUGUUGAAGAAGGGGGGCUUACUGGUGAACGCAAGAGAUGGGUCCCACGAAGGGGGAAAACUCCUUUAGAUCCUGAUGCCGAAGGAUAUAUUUAUUCCAAUCCCAUGGAAACCUCCUUUAAACAAAGGUGUCUUGAAGAAUGGAGGAUAUACCACAGGAAGCUUUUGAAUACAUUGCGCAAUGAAGGACCUGCUAUAUUGGGAAAUGUAUCUGAAUCUGAUUACUUACGUGUUGAGGAAAGAUUGAAGAAAAUUGUUAAAGGUCCUGAGCAGAAGGCUUUGAAACCAAAGGCUGCUAGUAAGAUGAUUGUGUCAGAGCUAAAGGAAGAACUAGAAGCACAGGGUCUACCAACAGAUGGAACGAGAAAUGUGCUCUACCAACGAGUACAGAAAGCAAGGAGGAUAAAUCUUUCAAGAGGCCGGCCCCUAUGGAUUCCUCCUGUUGAAGAGGAAGAAGAAGAGGUUGAUGAAGAACUGGAUGAAUUGAUCUCACGCAUCAAGUUGCAUGAGGGAGAUACAGAGUUCUGGAAACGCCGUUUUCUUGGAGAGGGCUUUAAUGAAAAUAACAGCCAGCAAUUGGAAGUAAACGACUUAGAACUUCCUGAUGUCUUAGAUGAUGUUGAAACUGUUGAUGAUGUUGCAAAAGAUGUUGAAGAUGACGAGGCAGAUGAGGAGGAGGAGGAGGAGGAAGAGGAGGAAGUGGAAGUGGAAGUUGAGCAAACUGAAACCCAAGCAGAAGUAGGUGACAGGGUCAAAGAAAAAGAAGUUAAAGCUGCAAAACCUCUUCAAAUGAUUGGAGUGCAGCUGCUGAAAGACUCUGAUCAAACUAGUUCUUCAAAAAAAUCACGAAGAAGGUCAAGAAUUACAGCAAUGGAUGAUGAUGAUGAAGACUGGAUCCCAUUGGAUAUACACGAAGCGUUAAAGGAGAUGAGGAAAAGAAAAAUUUUUGAUGUGGAAGAUAUGUACACAAUUGCUGAUGUUUGGGGUUGGACAUGGGAAAAGGAGCUCAAGAACAAACCUCCUCGAAGAUGGUCACAGGAGUGGGAAGUUGAAUUGGGAAUUGAAAUAAUGUCAAAGGUUAUAGCAUUGGGUGGAACACCCACAGUUGGAGAUUGUGCUAUCAUACUGCGUGCUGCAAUUCGAGCUCCCAUGCCUUCGGCUUUCUUGAAAAUUCUGCAGAUAACACACAGUCUUGGUUAUGUAUUUGGCAGCCCUUUGUACGAUGAAAUCGUCAUGCAAUGCCUUGAUCUUGAGGAGCUUGAUGCUGCCGUUGCCAUAGUGGCGGACUUGGAGACUAGUGGAAUCAAGGUUCCAGAUGAAACCCUUGAUCGAGUAAUUUCAGCAAGGAAUAAAAAAUGAAAAUCCAGUAAGUAAAUUAUUCACCACAAAUUUUUGUACUUGCAUUACAUACUAUUAUUAGGCC